CGGUCUCGUGUCCUCCUGUCAGGUGCGGUUUGGGCAGCAGAAGCGGUACCAGGACUGGUUUCAGCGGCAGUACCUGUCCACCCCGGACAGCCAGUCCCUGCGCUGCGACCUCAUCCGCUACAUCUGCGGCGUGGUGCACCCCUCCAACGAGGUGCUGAGCUCUGACAUCCUCCCGCGCUGGGCCAUCAUCGGCUGGCUGCUCACCACCUGCACGUCCAACGUUGCUGCUUCGAAUGCCAAACUGGCCCUGUUCUACGACUGGCUCUUCUUCAGCCCCGAGAAGGACAGCAUCAUGAACAUAGAGCCUGCCAUCCUGGUGAUGCAUCACUCCAUGAAGCCUCACCCCGCCAUCACCGCCACGCUGCUGGACUUCAUGUGCCGGAUCAUCCCCAACUUCUACCCCCCGCUGGAGGCUCACGUCCGGCAAGGCGUCUUCAACUCCCUCACCCACAUCGUGGAGAAGCGAGUCCUCGCACACCUGGCCCCGCUCUUCGACAACCCCAAGCUGGACAAGGAGCUGCGUGCCAUGCUGCGGGAGAAGUUCCCCGAGUUCUGCAGCUCGCCCUCGCCCCCCAUCGAAGUCAAGAUCGAGGAGCCCGUUUCCAUGGAGAUGGACAACCACAUGUCGGAGAAGGAUGACGGUUGCUAUGACAAUGCCGAGGCCGCCUUCAGCGACGACGAAGACGACUUGAACAGCAAAGGGAAGAAGUGCGAGUUCAGGUUCCACCCCAUCAAAGAGGCCUUUGUGGAGGAGCCCGUUGAUAUCACCCCGUUCCUGGACCAGCUGGACGAGUCGCUGAAGGAUAAAGUGCUGCAGCUGCAGAAGGGCAGCGACACGGAAGCGCAGUGUGAGGUCAUGCAGGAAAUCGUGGAUCAAGUCCUGGAGGAGGACUUCGACUCGGAGCAGCUAUCGGUGCUGGCGUCCUGCCUCCAGGAGCUAUUUAAGGCUCACUUCCGUGGCGAGGUUUUGCCAGAAGAAAUCACAGAGGAGUCUCUGGAGGAGUCAGUGGGGAAGCCUCUCUACCUAAUAUUUAGGAACCUCUGCCAGAUGCAGGAAGAUAACAGUGGUUUCUCGCUGCUGCUGGAUCUGCUGUCGGAGCUCUACCAGAAGCAGCCCAAGAUCGGCUACCACCUCCUCUACUACUUAAAAGCCAGCAAAGCCGCGGCCGGGAAGAUGAACCUGUACGAGUCCUUCGCCCAGGCCACGCAGCUGGGGGACCUGCACACGUGUCUGAUGAUGGACAUGAAGGCCUGCCAGGAAGACGACGUGCGGCUG